GCUGUCAUGACGCAAACAACCCGGAAGUCGUAGGUGUGCGAGUGCCUGUGCUGUCAACGACAGAGGAAGCACUGAGAUAAAGCUCGUAUUUGCGACAAGAUGGCAGGACUGCCCCGCAGGAUUAUAAAGGAAACUCAGCGCUUGUUUGCGGAGCCUGUGCCAGGUAUCCAGGCGGAGCCUGAUGAGAGCAACGCCCGCUAUUUUCACGUGGUCAUCUCUGGACCUCAGGACUCACCUUUUGAGGGGGGUACAUUUAAACUUGAACUGUUUUUACCGGAGGAAUAUCCGAUGGCAGCCCCUAAAGUUCGCUUCAUGACUAAAAUAUACCAUCCAAACGUAGACAAGCUGGGCAGAAUAUGUCUAGACAUUCUGAAAGAUAAAUGGUCACCAGCUCUGCAGAUUCGCACAGUGUUGCUGUCGAUCCAGGCAUUACUAAGUGCACCAAACCCUGAUGAUCCCUUAGCAAAUGAUGUUGCAGAGAAGUGGAAGACCAAUGAAGCUGAAGCUAUAGAGACAGCCAAGACAUGGACCAGACUUUAUGCAGGAAACAAAUGAAGUGACAAGCAGCCUGACAAGUGACGACAUACAUGGAAGUCAAGUGUGAACACAAAAUCCUCAUUUUCUGCCAAUACCUCCUUUUAUUUGCUUUUGAGGGACACCGUCAAAUUAAACACACGCACACAUAUGUUAUAAAUAAAUAAACAUUAAUAUAAUAAAGGGAAAAAAAACUGCUGGCAAUUAGUGAAUUUAAAGCGUUCUAGUACAAUGAAUGGUCUUUGUCCUAAUUAACUCACUACUGUUGGGUCAGAGGUUUUGGAUUUGCUCACCUAGCUUUCUUACAUACAUCAGUAGUCUGCCAACUGCUGCUUUAUUAACCAAUUCAAGGGGGAAGUGAGGGGAGGGGGGGAAAUGUCUCGCAUCCCACAUUCUUGCUGCGGGGAGGGGGGUACAAAGAAUGGUGCGGGGAAGGCCUAGAUGUGGCCAGUAUGGUAUAUUUUUAUGUUUGUUUUAACUUGGUGUUCCUUAGUCCCUGCUCAUUGAACGCAGCUAACAACUACUAAUAGUUGCCUCCUGUAGUGUAGACGGCCACCGUGAGAUGCAGAAUUGGUCCGGCCAAUCACAAAAUAGCUCUUCUUAUUCAACUCACUGGUAAUAGGACUUAAAUGGCAAAACUGAUCUUGUUACUAUCACAUCACAAUCACUUUUUAACCACUGCUAGCAAGGACUGUGCUGUAUGCUUGUCGGUGACGAGGAGAAAGUUGGAGUGGACAUUAUGGACCUUGACUUAGCUUUUUGUUUUUCAUUUUACAAUAUCUAGUCCUCUGUAUUGUAUUUUUCUUAGUGUCUGUCUUACUAAACUCCACUCAGCCUUUUUUUCUUGUGGAUUGUCAGUUUGAUGCUACAAGACUCAGCGGUGUAUGAUCUUCCUCCCAAUGGUAUUAGCCCACGAAGCAGGGAUUCCAUUUGAGCUGUCUUGUAUUUAAUAACAGUCAAAAUUGGGGCAGCAUAUGCGAUGCUUGGGAUGCGGCGUGAUCAAUCUCCAAUUUGAUGCCUGACUGUCAGUGUUCUUUGGCCACAGUCAAGUGAACUGUAAAUUGUUCUUUCUAAACAUCUAAGGGGGAAAGUUUUUUCCUGUUCUUAGAAUGAGAAUGUUGAGGAAAAACUUCAUCUACAUCAAUUUCAGUUCUGUAAAUAAAAAACUAUUAGUUAAUAUAA